AUGGAGACUUCUCCAUUGAGAGCCAUAAAAAGUUAUUGCCAGCUGGUAGCCUCAGAGAAAUAUGUUAGGAGCCGAGGACUUAGAGCAGCACCUGGGGCAACCAUCUGGGGCAGCAGAAGAAGAGAACCACAGAGAGAAUCACAACAUGGAGUCACCAGCAGAGAGCAAAGAGCAAAGACACGUAGAAAGCCUCAGCCUGGACAGAGUGGGGAGCAGAAUGAGCUACAUCCCAAAUGGCCAUUUCCAGUCAUCCUUAUGGAUACCCGGCCACCGGACCCAGACGGCUCUGGAGGAGAAAAAUUCACACUGACUGAAGGCAGCUCAGUUAGCCCUUUGUGCCAAAAGGGAUUUUUUCCCUGUGGAAAUCUUACAAAAUGCUUACCUCGGGCUUUUCAUUGUGAUGGUGUGAAUGACUGUGGAAAUGGGGCUGAUGAAGAAAACUGUGGAGACAAUAGUGGAUGGGCCAGUAUCUUUGACACAGUUCAUGGAAAUCCUAAUAAUAUGGAAUUAUCACAGGAAUGCUAUUUACAGCAAUAUCCACAAAGUUGUGCCUGCAAAGAGACUGAACUAGAAUGUAUAAAUAUGAAUUUAAAAUCUGUACCACUGGUUUCCAGUAAUGUAACAUUAUUGUCUCUUAAGAAAAAUAAAAUACACAUUCUUCCAGAUGAAGUUUUCAUCGAAUACACAGAAGUAAAGAAGAUAUUCUUACAGUAUAACUGUAUUAAAUAUGUAUCCAGGAAAGCUUUUUUCGGACUGUACAAGCUUCAAAUACUGUAUCUCAGUCACAAUUGUAUUACCAGUCUCAGACCUGGAGUGUUUAAAGAUUUGCAUGAGUUAUCAUGGCUAAUUCUAGAUGACAACCCAAUAACCAGAAUUUCACAGCAGUUAUUUACUGGAUUAGAUUCUUUGUUUUUCUUGUCUAUGAUCAAUAACCACUUGGAAGCCCUCCCCGAGGAGAUGUGUAACUACAUGCCUCAUCUUAAUUGGAUGGAUUUGGAAGGCAAUCAGAUUAAGUCCCUAAUGAAUUCCACCUUUCUGGCAUGUGAUGAGCUCACAGUCUUGUUUCUUCCUAGAAAUCGAAUUGACUUUGUUCCAGACAAGACCUUUUCCUCAUUAAAAAAUUUAGGCGAACUGGAUCUGUCUAACAACAUGAUCAUGGACUUACCCCACCAUGUUUUUAAAGAACUGAAACUUCUACAAAAACUGAAUCUGUCUUACAAUCCACUUUCUUACCUUGAUGAAGACCACUUUGAAAGUAUGAAAUACCUUCAGUCUCUGGACCUGGAAAAGAUUGAGAUUCCAAAUAUAAACACAAGAAUGUUUCAACACAUGAGGAACCUUUCUCACAUUUAUUUCAAAAAUUUUCGGUAUUGCUCCUAUGCUCCCCACGUGAGAAUAUGUGUACCUUUGACUGAUGGCAUUUCUUCAUUUGAGGAUCUCUUGGCUAACAACAUCUUGAGGAUAUUUGUCUGGGUUAUAGCUUUCAUUACCUGCUUUGGGAAUCUUUUUGUCAUUGGCAUGAGGUCCUUCAUCAGAGCUGAAAAUAAGACCCAUGCUAUGUCCAUCAAAAUCUUGUGCUGUGCUGACUGUCUAAUGGGAGUUUACUUGUUUUUCAUUGGAUUCUUUGACAUAAAAUAUAGAGGACAAUACCAAAAGUAUGCUUUGCUGUGGAUGGAAAGUUUACAGUGCCGCCUCAUGGGGUUUCUGGCCAUGUUAUCCACAGAGGUCUCCGUCUUGCUGCUGACAUACUUGACUUUAGAGAAGUAUGUAGUCAUUGUCUUUCCCUUCAGUAAUAUUCGUCCGGGAAAACGCCAGACGAUGAUCAUCCUUGUUUGCAUCUGGAUUGCUGGGUUCUUAAUAGCUAUUAUUCCAUUUUGGAGUGAGGAGUUUUUUGGAAACUUCUAUGGAAAAAAUGGAGUGUGUUUUCCACUCUAUGACCAAACAGAAGAUGUUAGAAGCAAAGGGUAUUCUCUUGGCAUUUUUCUAGGUGUGAACUUGCUGGCUUUCCUCCUCAUAGUGUUUUCCUACAUCAGUAUGUUCUGUUCCAUUCAAAAAACAGCCCUGCAGACUUCCAUUGUGAGGACCCACAUUGGAAGGGAUGUAGCUCUGGCCAAUCGUUUCUUCUUUAUCGUGUUCUCUGAUGCCAUCUGCUGGAUUCCUGUAUUUGUCAUAAAAAUUCUUUCCCUCUUCCCAGUGGAAAUACCAGGCACAAUCACUUCUUGGAUUGUGAUAUUUUUUCUGCCAAUAAACAGUGCCCUGAACCCUAUACUCUACACACUCACAACCAGCUUCUUUAAGGAUAAAUUGAAACAACUGCUACACAAGCAUCGGAGAAGGUCAAUUUUCAAAAGUGAAAAGAAAAGUUUAUUCACUUCCAUUGUUUGGACAAAUGAUUCCACUUCCCUGAAACUUGGGAUGUUGAACAAAAUAACUCUAGGGGACAGUAUUACAAAACCAACUUACUUGUGA